AUGUUUCUGAUCGCAGAUGAACAAUCUUCUGUAGAGAGCUUUCAUACCGCACAGAGUGACGGAGAAGGCGACCUCCCACCCGGAAGGGUGGGCGAAGAAGAAGUCAAGCAAGCGGUUCAAGAUAUUGCAGGCUCAAUACUCCGCGACAUGCCCCUCCGAUUGUUGAAUACCGAAGAUGGCAAAAUCUAUGCUCACCCCGCUCUCAUCACGAAAUUCGAAGAGUCACAUACAUUUCGCUCGAUUCUCGCCCUCACCAUCACCAGGUCUAUUCUGGAUCAAAAGCAGUACAUCAUUGAAGUGGUCAAAAACUUCUUUGCAUAUGUCAUGCUCUCACACAGGUGGGAGGGCGACGAACCCGGUUUAAAAGAUAUCCCAAAAAAGGGUGUUUAUCAGCUUUCUACACCGAGAUUCGACAAAGUUCGUAAUUUUUGUCACAAGGCGCACAAACACAAUUUUCAGUGGGCAUGGAUCGACACAUGCUGCAUUGAUCAGACGAGCAGCGCCGAAGUACAGAAGUCCAUCUCUUCCAUGUUCUCGUGGUAUCGCGAGUCGGCACUGACAAUCAUCUACCUUUCUGAUGUCGUGGAAUCUAGCGAUCAGGCACUGUUGUUGAGUCAGUGGUUCCGGAGGGGCUGGACUCUUCAAGAAUUGCUUGCCGCCAAGGUCAUCCGGCUCUACAAGAAGGACUGGGCCCCAUUUUCUCAAUCCCCAGAGUUCAACCACAAGAACGUUGCCGAGAUCCUGGUUGCGUUAGAAUCCGCAACUGGGAUACAGAAAAGUUACCUCAAAUUCUAUUGUCCAAGUGUCGAGCACCCUCGAAUGAAGCUGAGAUGGGCUCUUCAAAGAGUGACCAAGGAGAAGGAAGACGAAGCGUAUUGCUUGAUGGGAAUCUUCGGAUUCACUAUGCUAGUCAACUACGGAGAGGGUCACCAUGCAUUCUCUCGACUCUUGAUGGAGAUCAUGAGGCGCACGGGAGAUGCGACUCUUCUGGACUGGAUCGGGGAGCCGUCAACGCUGAACAGUUCCCUUCCUUCCUCGCCGAGAUGCUUCUCGGACGAUCCUAUCCUAAUGGGUAUCGACGGCCCCCCUCCUCCUGUUUUGAGUUUUGCGCUGGCUGUAAAGGUCAUCUAUGUGUUCAAAGGGGCUAUCCGCAGGGCAAGAGACUCGUCUCAUCUUCAGGACGGUCACAGCACAAGCGAGGAGACAAGCGUUGGUGGGUCUGAUGAUGAUGGCGCACCACAUAUUGCCAGUAUCCCAAGCAAUCAGAGCAUUUUUUUUGCUCAGACGGGCUACAAGUUUUCCGUUUGA